AAAAUUCACCCCCCACCCCCCCUCCCUUCCUCUCCAUUACUCUGAUUUCACUCAACCAAACAAAACAAAAACCAUUUCUAAUCAUUUUCUUUCUUCCCAAAAUAUGACGAAUUCACCACUCAAUUUGUUACUGAUUUUCCUCUUCAUUUCACCAUGUUUCUGUUCAUCAACAACACCACCAUUAAACUGCACAGAAACAUCGCGUUUAUGCACAUCAUUCUUGGCUUUCUCACCAACAAAAAACCAAACACUUGACAUCAUCCUCAGUAUGUUUGACAUCACCUCCAAAGACAUCACCUCCUCCUCCUCCAGCAACUACCUCUUCAUUAGGAAAAACUGUUCCUGCUCCGCCACUUCUCAUAACUACCUAACCGCCACUACCUACACUGUACGGAGAACAGGUGGAUCUGUGUACGAUAUAGUCACGGAUGCUUAUGGUGGCCUGGCGUACCUGUCUAACUUCACGCGCCCUGCGCGUGCCGGUGCGGUUGUUUCGCUGCAGCUGCUCUGUGGGUGUUCAAGUGGGCUGUGGAAUUACUUGAUGAGCUAUGUGAUGAAAGACGGAGAUAGUAUUGAGUUGUUGGCGAGUAGGUUUGGUGUAAGUAUGGAUAGUAUUGAGAGUGUUAAUGGGAUUUCUAAUCCUGAUAAUGUCACCGUUGGUGCUCUUUAUUACAUUCCUUUGAAUUCGGUUCCGGGCACGCCAUAUCGUGUAGAGAAUAGGUCGAUAAUAGCGCCUGCCCCAUCGCCGGUUGCUGAUGCAGCAGGUGUUUCAGAGGAGGGGAGUAAACAUAAGAGUGAUCUAAAGCAUUGGUGGAUCAUAGGGAGUUUAUGUGUUGGUUUGGUUGUGGUCUUAGCGGUUGUGAUUGCUUUUGUGUUUUUGAGAUCAUCGAUUUGCUUCAAUGACGGCUCAAGGAAUCAUGUAAAGGAUCAGGAAGAUCAACAUCAACCUUUUGGUCAUAAGUUCCAUAUAUUACGAACGUCGAGCUUUUGGUGUGGUUCUGGGAGACUUUGUUGCAAAUCUGAUGAUUGGAGGAGACAUACGAUUGAGGAAUCUAGUGACCGUAAUACCAAUAUUCCAAAAGUUAUUGGGACUGACGUGUUUGAUGUAGAGAAGCCUGUUGUCUUCUCAUAUGAAGAGAUUUUAUCAUGUACAGAUGUUUUUUCUGAGUCCAAUCUUCUAGGCCAUGGAACGUAUGGUUCUGUAUAUUACGGUUUACUUCGUGAGCAGGAAGUUGCUAUCAAAAGGAUGACUGCAACAAAAACGAAAGAGUUUAUAGCAGAAAUUAAACUCUUGUGUAAGGUUCAUCAUACAAAUUUGGUAGAACUUAUUGGUUAUGCGGCUAGCGAUGAUGAGCUCUUCCUCAUUUAUGAAUAUGCUCAGAAAGGUGCACUUGCAAGUCAUUUGCAUGAUCCUCAAAACAAGGGUCAUCCAACACUAUCAUGGAUUAUGAGGGUUCAAAUUGCGUUGGACACUGCAAGGGGGCUGGAAUACAUACAUGAGCACACUAAGCCUCAUUAUGUGCAUCGAGAUGUCAAAACUAGCAACAUCUUACUUGAUGGUUCCUUCAAAGCCAAGAUUUCAGAUUUUGGUUUAGCAAAACUUGUUGGAAUCACUAAUGACGGAGAAGUUUCAGCUACAAGAGUGGUUGGAACUUUUGGUUAUUUAGCACCAGAAUACCUCAGGGAUGGGUUAGCUACAACAAAGAGUGAUGUCUAUGCAUUUGGUGUUGUUCUUUUUGAGUUGAUAUCAGGAAAAGAAGCCACCACACGAACCGAGGCUGUUGUUAAGAAGAACUCUGACAGACGCUCAUUGGCAUCCAUUAUGUUGGCAGCUCUUAAGCACUCUCCUGACUCUAUGAGUAUGUCUGGCUUAAAAGAUCACAUUGAUCCUAAUCUAUUGGAUCUAUACCCUCAUGACUGUGUUUUCAAGAUGGCAGCAUUGGCAAAACAAUGUGUGGAAGACGACCCAAUCUUACGACCAGAUAUGAAGCAAAUUGUUAUUUCACUUUCACAUAUUCUUUUAUCAUCCGUGGAGUGGGAAGCGACUCUUGCCGGGAACAGCCAAGUUUUUAGUGGGCUUGUACAAGGUCGAUAAUCUCUCUACAAUCACCAUUCAUUCAUUACUUGGUGAAGAGGGUCUCUAAUCUAUUAGGCUCAGAUCACAAGCAGUCUCAGUUUUCACCAUUACACUGUGUAUAUAGUCUGCAUAGAUGGUUCCUCAUAGUGUCAAUCAAAGUGAGGUUCCAAACGUCCGCAUUUAUUUGUCUCCAAUAUAUGUUAUGUUCUGGAAAUUUUCCCAACGAGUUUUUCUUGUAAUAUAAAGAUGCGACUUGGAUCUGGUUAUCA